AUGGCAGCCGGAGGAGGAAUGGCAAAAGACCCUCUCGCACGCUUGAGCAAGCCCAGCAGCACCGCGUUGCGCCGUGAGUUGGUGUUAGCGUUGGGGGACCUUCACAGCUGCCACCGCUGCGGUGGUCUGCCGGUGGAGUUCAGCGAGCUGCUGGUUCCGGGAAAGGUUCAGCACACCUUGUGUAUAGGGAACCUGUGCAGCAAGGAGAACUGUGACUGCCUCAGGACCCUGGCUGGGGACAUGCAUGUUGUUAGGGGGGACUCAGAGGUAAUCCUGAAUUAUCCUGAAGAGAAGGUUGUAACUGUCGGGCAGUUCAGAAUCGGGCUGAUUCGUGGCCAUCAAGUUAUUCCCUGGGGCGAUGUGGCCAGGCUGGCACUGCUGCAGAGGCAGCUGGACGUGGACAUCCUCAUGUCGGGACACACACAGAGAUCUGAAACAUUUCAACGUGAAAACAAAUUCUACACCAACCCGGGAUCAGCUACAGGAGCCUGCAGUGCUUUGGAACCAUGAGUGAUGGGGAACAUCCUCCCUUCAUUUGUGCUGACGGAUAUGCAGGCUUCCACAGUUGUGACUUAUGUAUACCAACUAAUUGAGGGUGAUGUGAACGUAGAAAGAAUGGAGUUCAAGAACCAAGUGUAG